GUUGAUCGUUUGUAUUGCUUACCUCGGUGCAAUCGUAAAAUCGUUUUGUAUAAUACUUUAACUUUCCUGGCAUGAUCCAUCCCGCUCAGAAUUUCCUUAAAAUCCUUAAAAUCUCAUUAAAACCGGAUUGCCGCUCAUUCAAGGGUUAACAACAGAGGUCAUCACAAAUCACAAAACAGCGGUCUCUGGAAGGUUUACCAACGAUUUUAAGAAGUUUUCGACAAAUUGGAGUAGCUAAAGUUCCUUUAAUAGCUGAUACGAGUACUGUUCGGAAUCUGGUGCUUGCUCCUUGAUCACCAGAGAAGCCGAACCGCAAAAUGAGGCUGUUUCCUGUACGAUUUUCUAACAUCAAUAAGAUGUUGGACUUCUACUCCCAAUUCAAUCCUUCGCCUUUAUCUAUAAAGCAAUUUAUAGACUUCGGCCUCAAUGCGUGUCCGAAAAAAUCCUUUGUAUUCCUGCGCAAGGAACUCCCGGUACGGUUGGCCAACAUCAUGAAGGAGAUCACACUAUUACCAGAAAGUUUACUCAGAAUGCCAUCGGUCGGUUUGGUUAGCGCUUGGUACGUGAAAAGCUUCGAAGAGAUUCUCGUAUUCGAGAAAACCGAUCCAUCAGAAAGCAACCUGGAAAAAUUUUGCAAAUCCCUUAUACAAAUACGCGAUCGUCACUCGGAUGUUGUACAAACGAUGGCACAAGGGAUACUUGAGCUGAAGGAAAGUCGAAAUGGAGCCAUCGAGCCGUCGACGGAGCUCUCCAUACAAUAUUUCCUAGAUCGCCUUUACAUGAGUCGUAUCAGCAUACGAAUGCUUAUAAACCAACAUACAAUACUCUUUGGAGACAUCCCGCAAACUGGACGACAUAUCGGAAGCAUAGAUCCGUUAUGUGAUCCUCACAUGGUCGUCAGAGACGCAUACGAUAAUGCACGUUUUUUGUGUGAUCAAUAUUAUCUUGCUAGUCCAGAGCUGGAAGUAAUAGAGCACAAUGAAAUCGAUAAAGGAAAUCCCAUCAAGAUUGUAUAUGUCCCCUCCCAUCUGUAUCACAUGCUGUUUGAAUUGUUCAAAAAUUCAAUGCGUGCCGUGAUGGAACACCAUGGGACGGAGAAUGAUGUGCCACCGAUUAAGGUAACCAUAGUAAAAGGAAAGGAAGACAUUUGUGUUAAAAUGUCUGAUCAAGGAGGAGGCAUACCCCGAUCACAGGUCGACCAAUUGUUUAAGUACAUGUACAGCACCGCACCGCAGCCACCUAAAUCAAAAACCGAUUUACCGCUGGUUCCGUUGGCAGGUUAUGGCUACGGUUUACCGAUAUCAAGAUUGUACGCCCGUUAUUUCCACGGUGAUUUGGUUCUGUUUUCUUGCGAAGGAUAUGGUUCGGAUGCAAUAAUUUAUCUCAAAGCGUUUUCAGACGAAGCAAACGAAUUACUGCCGAUUUUUAACAAAACAAGUACGCGUUUCUACAAAGCUACUGUGCCGACCGGAGACUGGUCAAAUCAGGGGAAAAACUUCACCAACAGAUUGUUGUAGCCGUUAUUUACGAUAUCUUCCAGCUGUACCGUACAGCGGGAAAGGCUACUUUCCGGUCCAUUCUACCUGCGGCCUGCUAGCCCUACUUUAUGUUCUUCUUGAGCGUCGAUUUACGAUAUUAUGAUUUGAAAAAAUAUGUUACUUAUUUUUGUUUUCUCUAUUCGUAUAAGCGUUGUGUUAAUUCGUUCGUUGUUUGCGCUAAGAUAUAAUCUGGUUUUUAAAUACAUGCGUUGUUGUUUAUAAAUAAAAACGAUUGAUUUGUUUUAUUUUCUAAUGCGUCCCCACGCGGAAAAUCGUUCUAUUAUAUUUUCCACCAAUUUAUCAAGAUAGCAAAAUAUAAGAUUGGGUGCAUCUUGAGAAGAGCAGAGCCAGACAAAACGUAAUAUGCUGAGUCAGGGAUAGGACUUAACACGAUUGCAAUACCAUGAAAUAAUUGAUUUGCUCAC